AGGGCUGUAAUAGCGCAGGGACCUUCCUGUCCCAGCCCCCGGACACCUGGGUCCCUCCCAGGCCGGCUUCCCCCGUCCCCCUGCGUGCCCAGGGGCAGGAUUCCUGGUCCCUGACCCCGGGAUCUCCGGGACGGAGCGCGGGGACAAGCCGUGUGCCCGGGAUCUCCAGGGCGCCGAGGAAAGGGAGACCCUGGCCCUCACUUGCACAGGUGACAAAGGAGUGACGAGGACUUGGGGAGUCUCCAUGAACUAACAGUCAGCACCCCAGGGUGCCAUGCUAGAGCCAUAGAUGGGGAAGGCCAGAAGGGGCCAUUCUGGUCGGCUACUCUGACCUCCUGCCAAACCCAGGCCAAAGAACCGCACCCCAAACCCGUAGGGCUGGUGUCAGUGAUCCACAAAGCUGGGGGAGCCUGGAAGUGGCAAAACUGGCAUCGAAUAACUUGGGUUAGUUUGGCAAUUUACGAGAGUGAAGGGAUCCCGGCAAAGCCGCCUGGAGCCCUCCACAGCUCUGUCUGGUCUCGCUCAGGGUCAUCUCCAGCAGGUCCCUGUCCCCUGCCCUCCCCCAGCCAUUCUCUGGGGGCUCAGCCAGGCCAUUGGGGCAGAACCAGCCCCUCCGCUCUCCUCUGGGGAAGGAUUUGCGGGGGAUUCAUUUCCUGCUUUUCAGAUUUUCUGCCCCUUUUUGUGCCCUGUCUCUCCCUGGCACAGGGAACAAGCCCUGCCUGGAUUCUCCCUCUCUCCCAAUAGGUGCUGGGAUGGAGGAGGAUAAUCCCGAGCAGGAAGGGCCUGCAGGAAGGGAGCCUUGUGGGAUGUCCUGGAGUGCUGAGCAGGGAGAGGCCAGCGGAGUUGGACGGCAGCAGGAGACGGAGGCGAUAUCUCCGGAUGAGAUGGACAUCAGGGUGGUGACAGAGCACAACCAAGCCCAGGCUGAGGCACGUCCUUACAGCUGCUCGGACUGUGGGAAGAGCUUCAGCCAGAGCUCCCACCUGGUCCAGCACCAGCGCAUCCACACGGGCCAGAAACCCUACAAAUGCACCGAGUGCGGGAAGUGCUUUGUCCUCAGCUACAACCUCAUCGAUCACCAGCGCAUCCACACCGGGGAGCGCCCCUACAAGUGCGGCCAGUGCGGGAAGAGCUUCAUCCGGAGUUCCCACCUCUUCCAGCACCAGCGCAUCCACACGGGCGAGCGGCCCUACCAGUGCACCAAGUGCGGGAAGAGCUUCAACCGCAACUACACCCUGGUGAAGCAUUAUCACACCCACGUUGGGGAGCAGCCCUUCAUCUGCAGCGAGUGCGGGAAGAGCUUCAGCCUGGGAUCCUUUGCCCAGCACGUCCGCACACACACGGGCGAAAAGCCCUACACCUGUGCCGAGUGCGGCGAGAGCUUCAGCAGCAGUUCCAACUUGAGCCAGCACCGGCGCAUCCACACCGGAGAGAAACCCUACAGCUGUGGCCACUGCGGGAAAAGCUUCAGCCAGAGCUCCAACCUCAUCAAGCACCGGCGCAUCCACACUGGAGAGAGACCAUACAGCUGCCCCGAGUGCGGCAAGACCUUCAACCAGAGCUCGUCGCUCAUGCAGCACCGGCGGAUCCACCGGGGCGAGCGGCCCUACGAGUGCACCGAGUGCGGGAAGCGCUUCAUCGACAGCUCCAAGCUCAACAAGCACCGGCGCACCCACACAGGUGAGCGGCCCUACAAAUGCACCGACUGCGGGAAGGGCUUCAGAGACAGCUCCGCCCUCAUGAAGCACCAGCGGACCCACACCAAGGAGAAACCCUACAAAUGCCACGAGUGCAACAAGAGCUACAGCCUGAGCUCGAACCUAAGCCGCCAUCGCAGGAUCCACACGGGGGAGAGAGCCCACAAAUGUGCCCAGUGUGGGAAGAGCUUCCACUUCAGCUCCCAGCUUGUCCAGCACCAGAUCAGCCACACUGGGGAGCGACCCUACAAAUGCCCCGACUGCGGGAAGAGCUUUGGUGUGAGCUCCAACCUUCUCCAGCACCAGCGCAUCCACUGGGUGGAGCGACCCUACAGCUGUGCCAACUGCGGGAAGAGCUUUGGCCACAGCUCCCACCUGGCCCAGCACCAGCGCAUCCACAUGGACGAGAGACCCUACAAAUGUGGGGAGUGUGGGAAGGCUUUUGGGGUGAGCUCGGCCCUGAUCCGGCACCAGCGGAUCCACACGGGUGAGAGGCCUUACAAGUGUCUGGUUUGCGGAAAGAGCUUCAACCUUAGCUCCAACCUCUUCACCCAUCGCAGGAUCCACUGGGACGAGAAACCUUUUAAAUGCCCUGAAUGUGGGAGGAGCUUCAGCCAGAGCUCAAGCCUCAGCCGCCACCAGAUCAGCCAUACGGGGGAACGACCAUACAAAUGCCCUGAGUGUGGAAAGUGCUUCAACCAGAGCUCCCUGCUGAUCCGGCACCAGCGGAUCCACACGGGGGAGCGACCCUACAGAUGCUCCCAGUGCUGGAAGAGCUUCCUACGGAGCUCCCAGCUGAAAAGACACCAGAGAGUCCACACCAGGUAGGGGGCAGGGGAGCAAGCCUACCACUGCCCCGACUGCGGAAAGGGAUUCAGCCAGAGCACAAACCUCCUAACCCACCGGCGAGCACACAUGGGGGAGAGACCCUACGAAUGCCCUGAUUGCGGGAAGGCCUUCAGCUGGCGCUCCCACCUGCUGGAGCACCAACGCAUCCACACCGGGGAGCGCCCCUACCGGUGUGGGGAGUGCGGCAAGAGCUUCAGCUGGAGUUCGGCUCUGAUCCAGCACCAGAGCACUCACACAGGCGAGCGGCCCUACCGCUGCCCCGACUGUGGGAAGAGCUUCAGCCGUGGCUCCAACCUGCUGCAGCACAAGCGGAUCCACACAGGUGAGAGACCCUACCAAUGCCCCGAGUGCGGGGAGCGCUUUGGCCACAGCUCACACCUGGUGCGGCACCAGCGCAUCCACACGGGCCAGAAGCCCUACAAGUGCGCUGAGUGCGGGAAGAGCUUCAUCUCCAGCACCUGCCUGCUGCGGCACCGGCGCAUCCACACGGGAGAGAAACCUUUCACCUGCUUGCAGUGCGGGAAGAGCUUCAGCCACAGCUCCUCGCUGCUGCGCCACCAGCGGGCCCACAAGGGCGAGCGCCCCUUCCUGUGCAGCCAGUGCGGGAGGGGCUUCAGCCAGAGCUCCUACCUCUCUGAACACUCGCGCACCCACACCGGCGAGCGCCCCUACAAGUGCCCCGACUGUGGGAAGGCCUUCGCCCAGAGCUCCACAUUGGCCCGGCACCAGGGGGCCCACACCAGCGAGCACUGCUUCCCCUUCAUUGGCUGCAGGAGCACUUGAUGCAGGGCAGGGAGGCUGCUGCAAACACUCACGCUCCUUCGGAUGGGGAGAACCUGCUGCUGUCUCCAGCUGGGGUCCUGUCCCGGGAGCCUCAGCUAUUGCAUCAAGUUGAGAGUCUGCAAAGGUGGCUUAUGGAGACAUGUCUCCCUGGGGUCCUGCCCCAUUAACCCACGGGGGGACGUACCACUGCAUCCGGCUGAGGGUUUCCAGUGGUGGAUCAUGCAGCCACAUCCCACUGCAUUCAGCUGGGGUCCUGGCCUGGAGAACCCAGGGGAUACAUGUCACUGAUCUGGCUGGGGUCCUGUGCCAGUGGAAUGCAGAGGGGACAUGCCACUGCCUCAGGAUAAAGGUCUGCCAUCUCCCUGCGGCCCUGGCUGAGAGGCCCUGUAGCAGUGGUUUUCAAACUGCGGGUCGCGACCCGCUACUGGGUCAUGGAAUGUAAGGCGCUGGGUCUCGGCGGCUCUGGUCAGCACCGCCGAGCGGGCCGUUAAAAGUCCCGUGGGCGGUGCUGCCUGGCUAAGGCAGGCUAGCCCCUGCCUGUUCCGACAACACGCUGCGCCCUGGAAGUGGCCAGUAGUAGGUCCAGCUCCUAGGCGGGGGGACCGUGUGGCUGUACGCACUGCCCCCGCCCCAAUCACCAGCUCCGCACUCCCGUCGCCCAGGAACCAGCUAAU